UUGCUAGAUUGAUCUGGAAAGGAACCAGUUUAAUCCUCACCCUCAGGAAAAGGGAGUCAGUUGCCAGCAAGGCAGAGAGAGCCUUCUGAGAUCAAAAGAGAGAAGACCUGAGCAGGAGGGGAGACACCCCCCCUUCCCCACUGCUGGGGGAACAGCCCACCCAGGGAUCAGGAAGGGCUUUCCUGAAUACAAAAGACAGCGGGAGAAGAUUCACCCAAAGGCAAGAUGCAAGAGCUGGAGCACAAGUUUUGAAUGAACAAAUAACUGGAUGAGUUUACGUUUAUGUGGGAGAAGAAGACAAAGGCAGGGGCAUUUCUGGUCCUCACGCUUCAUUAGGCAACUGUUAAGUAGAUUCCCAGGUACAUCUGAAGGAGCACUCUUUUUCUCAUGGCAAAGCAAUACCUGCAACCAUGAAGUCUGCAAAACAGCCAGAGGGCAAGACGGCUGAGCCAUCCAAGAUGGAGACGAAGGAACCAAAAGUUCAGGAGCAGGCAGAGGCAGAAGAAGAGGAAGAGGAUGACAAUGAAGGCCUCAUUGGAUUCUUCAGAUCCUACCAAGAGCUAUUCCAGUUCUUUUGCAACAACACAACCAUCCAUGGGGCCAUCCGGCUGGUUUGCUCUAAGAGGAACAAGAUGAAGACUGCCUUCUGGUCGGUUCUCUUCUUCCUUACCUUUGGUCUUAUGUACUGGCAGUUUGGAAUAAUCUAUGGUGAUUACUUUAGCUUUCCCGUCAACCUGAACUUGAACCUCAACUCCGAUAGACUUACCUUUCCAGCCGUCACACUGUGUACCCUCAAUCCCUACCGGUACAGUGCUCUCCAGCAUGAUCUGGAAGACCUGGAUCGCAUCACCCACCGGACACUGAUGGAUAUGUACAAAUACAACAUGCCACUGGGACAAAAAAAACGUAUGAGCCAGACUGGUAGGAAACGUAGAUCCAGAAGCCUAUAUCACCAAAUCCAGCGUCACCCACUGCGUAGACAGAAACGGGACAGUCAAGGCAGCAUGGAGGAUAACAAUCCCGAAGUGGGCAUGAACGACUGGCGAAUUGGCUUCAUCCUGUGGAAUGAAAACAAGACUGACUGUUUCCACCAAAUGUACUCGUCAGGUGUGGACGCUGUGCGAGAGUGGUACAGCUUCCAUUAUAUCAACAUCCUGGCCCGGAUCCCUGCCACCAAGGACCUAGAUGAAUCCAACUUUGAGAGCUUCAUCUAUGCCUGCCGUUUCAACGAGGCAUCGUGCAACAAAGCGAAUUACACACAUUUCCACCACCCCAUUUAUGGGAACUGCUACACCUUCAAUAACAAUAAUAGCACUCUCUGGAUGUCUUCUCUGCCUGGGAUCAAUAAUGGCCUCUCUCUAGUUGUCCGAACAGAGCAGAAUGACUUUAUCCCUCUCCUCUCCACGGUAACAGGAGCCCGAGUGAUGGUCCAUGCUCAGAAUGAGCCAGCUUUCAUGGACGAGGGGGGGUUUAAUGUGCGUCCUGGCAUGGAAACCUCCAUCAGUAUGAGAAAGGAAACGACAAACCGCCUGGGAGGCAGCUACAGUGACUGCACUGAAAACGGGAGCGACGUUCCAGUGAAGAACCUGUACACGUCCCGUUACACUGAACAGAUCUGCAUUCGUUCCUGUUUUCAGACAAUCAUGGUGGAACGUUGUGGCUGUGGUCAUUACUUCUACCCAUUGCCAUCUGGGGCAGUUUAUUGUGACUACACUAAACACUCAGGCUGGGGUUAUUGUUAUUACAAACUCCAGGCUGAAUUCAAGGCAGGCUUUCUGGACUGUUUCAGCAAAUGUCGGAAACCAUGCAAGGUGACAGAGUAUCAGCUGUCGGCUGGAUAUUCACGCUGGCCUUCUCCUGUGUCUGAGGACUGGGUCUUUCACAUGCUGUCUCGGCAGAAUAAGUACAACAUCACAUCCAAGAGGAAUGGAAUUGCCAAAGUGAAUAUAUUUUUUCAGGAGUGGAAUUAUAAAAGCAACGGGGAGUCUCCUGCUUUCACAGUGGUGACCCUGCUGUCCCAGCUGGGCAACCAGUGGAGCCUCUGGUUUGGCUCUUCCGUCCUUUCCGUCGUCGAGCUGGCCGAGCUGAUUUUCGACUUCCUCGCCGUCACCUGCAUCCUGGCCUUCCAGUGGGCCUACUUGCAUCAAUCCUCCGACCUCCCUGCCUCCAGCAGUCAUGGCAACACUGCCUUCUGCAGCACACCUGUAAUGCCAGGCUCCCCCCAGCAUCUACCUGUUCCAUCUGGGGUGGCCACCCUGCCCUCCUACAACAGCUUGGAGUCGCUAGCCACACACAGCUUCCCCUGCAGGGGAAGAGAGUGAGACCAAAGCCCCAUUCCAGUCCCACUACAUAUCACAGCUGGAAAAGGGGCUCAGCUCCCACAGCCCACCACUGAGCAAUGAGCCUGAAGGCGGAGGAGCUGGAAAUACCUUCUAGAAAGUGGCAGACCCGAUCAAAUUGAAACCUGCCAUACCAACAUUAGGUGAACUGUAACUAUCUAAAAAUAACUAUAUUAAAGGGAUGGGUUGUAUCUAUCAAAAAA